AUGGCACCAGCUGCAGAGCCAAAGACUAAACAAAAAGAAGGGGAGAAGGCGAAGGUGAAGGCGAUGACUGCGUUACGGAAGGGGGCAAUGAAGACAUUUGAGAGUUGGUAUGCUGAGCCUCCACCUUACAGCUCCCAGGCACCAUCAAUUGCAUCGGCUUCGUCCACGGUCCAACAAAGUCUGCCCAAGGGUUGUGUCCCUACGAUUGAGGACCUUGAUUUCCGGCCAAGUCGUCUCGAGAUUCCAACACCAGCUGAGUGCAUAGCGCACUUGAAGCUCCUCCAUGCGUUUGCCAAGUUACGGAGACAUGUUGGAAACAGGGAGGGUUUGUAUGGGAUCGGGAUGGAGGACGAGGACCUAAGGUUGAUGGAUCAGAACGACUGGUUGGUGUCCGCAGACGAAGGCUCCCAGAUCAACGGUACCCACACGCGAGAUCCGUUGCAAGCAGCCCUUGAGUCGCAGCCAUCUAGUUCGUCUGCAAGCAUUGAUGCCAGGCUUGCAGAAAGAAUCCGUGACAAGAGGUGGGCCAUAUUUGUUGCCAAGGCUGUGGACAGGUACCAAAAGUGGUGGAACGCGCCGCGUGGACGAUUCCCAAACACUGGAGUCGGGAGGUUCCCUCGCUUGACGACGACCCGCGACUUUGAAUCCGGAUCUCUCUUUGACGUGAUAGUGGCCGGGUUUCCGUUCUCUGACGACCCUAAAGAAAGGGUUGAGUUGCCUCCGCUGGAUGUACUCAUGGUGUGGCACACCCACAUGCUUAAUCCAAGGAUCUAUCUCGAGGACUGUAUAAGACAAAAUCGGCACGCACAGUGGCACGUCAAUUUCCCAUGGGAGAAAAUUUACGCGGCUAUAGACAAUGCGACAUUCGAGUACACACAAGAGGAUAAGCAUCAUUUCAGGUUAACGGCGAAAAGACCAUGGGAUCCUUUAGCAGAUGAGGAACCGAAGGAGCUUACGUGCCCGAAAUGCGACUCUAGUAACAGAGUACCAUGGACAAUGCCGCCUUCUUCAUCAAGACCGGAAGCUUUGCAAAUCUAUCUCUCCGAGGACACUGGUUACGCAAGCAAAACCUUUCGCCAUGAUUGUCGAAAUUGUGGCAUCACUCUUCAUCACGAAAUACUUCGCGUGGGCAAGUUCAUUAAAGAUGCCGACGAUCUUCGCAAAGAAGAUAAGCCUCUCCCUGGCACCAUACUAAAUAGCCGUGGUGAACCGGCAACCACAGCGCCAGGCAAGAAAAUCAGUACACACGAUCCUUUUUUCCCUAAUCGGUGUGUUCAAACAAGACCCGAGUUCAAGCCGGAUGCCAUACGAGAGAGCCUCUCAAAUACGAACGGUAGCACUGUAGAGGGGCUCAAGAACCUGUUCUCCAAUGCCCUGCAUUCGGUGUUCGAUCUCAAAUAUAUCAAUGCGUCCCAGUAUACGCCGGAAUUCGUCGCAAAAGGGAGCCGUAUGGCGAUACGUCAACUCAUGAGCCGGUAUUGGGACAACUCGAGUAAUUUCGGGAUCGACCUUGUCGGUGCGGUAUUACGGCAAGGCACGUUUGUGCAGAAGAUGGUCAAGAUUGAUUGGUUGCAUAGCCCGAGUGUGAAAGCUACAACACAGCGCCUGAUUGUAAAAUAUCACCGCUUCGUACUGCUCUCGGCGGAUUCCCCAAAUUGUAUCGUUGUGCCAACUUUGGAUGUGGAUCUAGCUUGGCAUACCCACCAACUCACCCCGAGCAUAUAUUACCGCUAUACCCUCGCCGAAACCAAGAAAUUCCUGAACCACGACGACAAGAUCCCGGAUAGUGAUCUCCACAAAGCUUUUCAAGCUACCUCUCUCGCCUAUGAGAAAAAGUAUGCCCAGCCUUACGCUGAGUGCAGUUGCUGGUACUGUGAAUGCACACGUGAGCCGCUCCGUUCCAGUUUCCUCAAUCGUGUUUCCUCUCUCCCACGCCGCCGCUCCAGCAUCAGCGUCUCAGCUCUCGACUCCAACAACUUCCCCAGGGAACCGCAUCUCGGGAUCCAUGUGAGCAACCACAACGCCCUCGCCAGAACCGAUGAGCGCAGCGCGGCACGUAGACGGAAAGAGCUCGAAGACCUAGACAUCAUGUAUGCCAAAGUAUGUAAACGAUAUGAGAAGAAUCGCAAGAUUAAAGAAGCGCCCUCCCGGGAAAGCAAAGAUGAUGCGUAUCUGUAUGGCGCAUAUGGCUAUCCAAUGUACUACCCCAUGCCCAUCUUUGUCCCCUCUUAUGCGGAGCCAGGUGUUAGCCAGGAUCAUACACAGGUUCCAGCAGGAGGAGGGUGUGUGGCGGGAACUUGUGCGGCAAGUGCAAGUUUGGGGGCCUGUGCCGGGGGCGGGGGCACGCCGGCAUGUGCGGGGAGUUGCGGGGGAAGGGGGCAUGCAGAUGGAGGUUGUGGUACGGGUGGCAGUUCCGGGGGCGAUGGGGGCGAUGGAGGCGAUGGGGGCGAUGGAGGCGAUGGGGGCGAUGGAGGCGAUGGGGGCGAUGGAGGCGAUGGGGGCGAUGGAGGGGGAUGUGGUGGGUGUGGUGGGUGA